AUGAUACCUAGCAUCAUAUGGAAUUGUCGGGGUAUAGGUAACCUCGAAACCCAAUUCUAUAUAGCUAGCCUUAUCAGACAGUACCGACUAGGUAUAGUAGGCCUCAUUGAGCCCAUGAUAUCAUCAGAUCGUAUCCAACCCUUACUUAAGCGAUUGGGUAUGGAUCAUUUUCACUCCAAACCCACGAAUCAUACUUGGCUCUUUUGGACUAGACCAUACUCUAUGGAGUUGCUAGUCGAGGGAUCCCAGCAUAUCACUAUGACGGUUCGAGAUCUCACCCAAGAGUUCACCUUUUCGGUCAUCUAUGCAUCACAUCGAUCCGAAGAAAGGGAAACUCUUUGGGCGGACCUAGCUCAGUACGUGAGGGACUACCCUACACUAGUUGAGUCUCCUUGGUACCUAGCAGGUGACUUCAACUAUGUUCGUAAUACUAGUGAACGUCAAGGUGGGCGGAUCCCUAGGGCCCGUAACAUGGAGACGUUCAAUGACUGCAUUUUUCGAUUAGCUCUUAUUGAGCCACCUACAUCAGGCGAGGUAUGGACGUGGAGCAACAAUUGAGGGGACGCUUUGAUUUAUGAGCGUAUCGAUCGUUGCUUCAUCAAUAGCAUCGCCAUGGUGCGACAUCCCAUAUUAGUCACGAUAUUACCCCGUUAUCGAUUAGAUCACACCCCGAUCCUCAUACUCCCUAAACAGAGUAUGAGCACCCACAAACCUCCUUUCAGAUUUUAGAUCAUGUGGCUCCAACAUGAAGACUUUCAGAGUUUCGUACGGAAUCACUGCUACGGACAUAUCUCAGAUCCUCCUAUGGAGAACCUUAGCUAUAGGUUAAGGAAUCUCAAACUCCACCUUAAAUGGUGGAACCGACAUAUCUAUGGGAAUGUCCAUACCCAGGUUGAUGUAUUGCAAAAAGAGUUAGCAGAGGUUGAAAGACUACUGCAAGCUAGAUAUUCAGAUGCUGCUUGGGAAAGGAGGAGUAGAGUGAGCGACCAGCUUGAUGAGGUUGUGCGACGACAGUAG